AUGGGGACCCCAUAUUUUACAUUUUUCCAGCUGGAAAGCCUUUUUAUAUCCGACGAAAACGACUUGUUCCGACUAAGACUUGGAAGAUCCAAAGUUGAAUGUGGCUCUGCUCCGGACUCUUUGCGGGGAGAUUCUUACAGUUCAAAUUAUAACGCUCGAAACAUCGCAAAAACCAACCACGACGGCAUGUUCUUUUCGGCCUGGGACAGCGACAACGACUAUUUCUCCGGCAACUGCGCAGAAAUCGAAAAAUCUGGCUGGUGGUUCAAUCGCUGCUCAGCUGCAAAUCUCAACGCGCCGAUGUGGAACUCGAGCGAAAACGGCAUCUAUCCGCCGGACGGUGUCAACUGGCAGAGCUUCAGCGGGCUUCAGAACCAGAGCUUGAUCGAGACAGAAUUGUCGCUUCUUCCAACUGGCGCUCAUUUUUCUUUCUGUUAA